AUGGACUUCAUUGUUGGAUUACCUCGCUUCUCUCAAGGAAAUUUGAAGACUUACUUGGCUGAAUUUGUGUACAACAACAAUUAUCAUUCGAGUAUCUGUAUGGCUCCUUAUGAAGCUUUGUAUUGUAGGAAAUGCCGUUCUCUGAUCUGUUGGGCCGAAGUAGGUGAUAGACCUUUGUUGGGAUCGAAACUUGUACAAGAAAUGACUAAAAAUGUAAAAUUGAUUCAACAAAGAUUGAAAACUGCACAAAGUCGCCAAAAAAGUUAUGUGGAUGUCCAAAGAAGAGACAGAGAAUAUGAAGUUGGGGAUCAUGUGUUUAUCAAAGUAACUCUGAUGGAAGGGCAAACACGAUUUAGAGUGAAAGGAAAGUUGGCUCUGAGAUAUAUUGGUCCGUAUGAGAUUCUAGAGAAAAUCAAUUCAGUAACAUACCGAGUGGUCUGGCCUCCGAUCGUAGAGCAAAUGCAUAAUGCCUUUCAUAUUUCAAUGCUCCAGGAUUACUUGAGAGAUCCUUUACACAUGACUGAGCCAACACAUGUGUUAUUGAAAGAUGAUUUUACUUAUGAAGAACGACCAAUUCAGAUUGUCAAUCGAAGGAUCAAAAGGCUAAGAAACAAAGAUAUUCCAUUGGUGAAAGUUGAUUGGCAAAACCACGGAGAAACAUAUGCAACUUAG